AUGUUUGUUUCGACGUUGCCGUUUCGUGUACAGCUGGAUGGUGACUGGUCAUUUGAUGAAGUAGUCAAACAUGUCCGAGAACAGUGUUUAUCCACUAUAGAACAUUCUCAGUAUCCGCUGCAGCAUAUUCUUGUUGACUGUGGCCUUAACCAAGCAAACGCAUUUUUCUUAGCGACUAUGUUUGAUCUUAUCAGUACAUCUUCAAAUGUCACUCAGUUUUCAUUGAAUGGUACGCUGUUAGAAGAGGCGUCGAUAAAUCAGACGUCUGAGAUGGCUAAGUUUGAUUUUUCAACGACAUUUGCAUACAAUCCCACCUCAAAUAUUGGUAAAUUGUGUAGCUAUUUUGUUUGUUCAGAAGAUAUGUUUGAGAACAAGACUAUCCAAACAAUAGCUCAACGAUUUCAAUAUUUGAUAUCUCAGUUGUUCGCACCUCAUUCUUCCAAUACACAAAUAAAACCGCUGACAAAGUCCAUUAUUCUAUUGGAUGUAAUUCUACCUGGAGAAGCCGAAGAAAUACUUAAAUGGUUAGACGAUUAUCAUCUGGAUGCUGUUUAUGAAGGUAUAGUUAUUCAUUAG